AUGGAUUAUGGGAUCAUCAUGUUGAACCCGUUCGUGGACAGUGCGGCAGCGGGGCACCCCCACCACCAACUCCACCACCACCACCACCACCACCCGUUGAAGCUGAGCCCGAGCCACCAGGAGAUGACGCAGGGCCAGUCCAACUUCCCCAAUGCCAACGGGUACUCGAUGGGCGCGGCGGCCCACAUGGGCAGCUACGCCGCCCGGGACCUCUUCCUCCGCCGGGACCCGAUGGGACUCCCGGGACUCCCCGGUCACGAUCUGCAGAAUCAGCAUCCCGGGAUGUUCGUGCCUUCCACCAUGCCUCAUGCGGAUCACACCUCCAACCCCGUCCUCUUCCCCGGUCUCCACGACACAGCCCACCAGCACAUGAACGGCCAAAUGCGGUUCGGCAUGACGGACUGGAGCCGCGGCCCGGCCCCCCCCGACCAAUUCAACUCCUACCACCAGAACCACCAUCACCACCACCAUCACCAGUUCGCCAACAUGAACAUGAACAUGAACUUGAACCACCACCAUCACCACCAGGUGGCGGCGGCGCACCCGAUGCACGGCGCGUUCUUCCGCUACAUGCGCCAGCCGAUCAAGCAGGAGCUGACGUGCAUGUGGAUCGACCAGGACCAGCCGAGCCCGCGCAAGCCGUGCACGAAGACCUUCGGCUCGAUGCACGAGAUCGUGACGCACAUCACGGUGGAGCACGUCGGCGGGCCCGAGUGCGCGAACCACGCCUGCUUCUGGCAGAACUGCCCCCGCAACGGCCGGCCCUUCAAGGCCAAGUACAAGCUAGUCAACCACAUCCGCGUCCACACGGGGGAGAAGCCGUUCCCGUGCCCCUUCCCCGGAUGCGGGAAGGUCUUCGCUCGGUCGGAGAAUCUCAAGAUUCACAAGCGGACGCAUACCGCUGAAACUAUUUGA